AUGGCCUACGUUUUCGACGGCUACUCGGAAGCCAGCUCGGCUCGGAACAGCCCCCGGAACCAACGACAACCUCUGACAGGCAGCCGGCAGCGACGAAGAGAGCAGGACGGACCUACCGGCAGCGGUGGCGGUUCUGAAGGAGUUUACUUUGGGACGGGCCGCUUUUACGAGGAGAACCUUCGGAACGAGCAGCAACGGCAGCGGGAGCGGGAGCGGGAGCAGCAGCAGCAGCAGCAGCAGCAGCAGCAGCAGACGCCGCGGUAUCCUUCUUCUGGCCCUUUCGGCGGUCUGAACGGGUCGGGAUUCUCGACUGGAAGUGACUGGCCUACGGACGAAUGGGGUCAGGUGUUUGUGGAAGUUUUGAGAAGGACGCAGAGGAGACAACAAGGAAUGGGUGAUGAUGGAGGCCUUGGGAUGGGGUUUGGGGGCGGUGCGAUGGGAGGCGGACUUGGGCAACAGGCCCCCAGAGCCGGUGAAGAUAUCCACUUUGAGGACUUUUUCGGUGGUACUUGGGGCAGUACCGAAGGCGGUAGGCGCGGAGGUGGUGGUAGAGGAAGGUUCGGGGCUGAUGCCGGGUGGUUCGGUUUCGGUGGUGCUAGUAGAGGAGGUACCAGCUUCGGCGAGAUGUUUGGGCCGUCCGACCACUCCCCUGGCGGAGCAGGGUACGGUGCCGGCGCCGGCUGCAGCUUUGGCUUUGGCGACCGGGAGUAUGUCCGGCGUGGAGGGGCGGGUAUGACGUGGGCUGAGUUCAUGGAGCUUUUCCGGCAUCGGUAUGACGGUGACAGCCCCUAUGGGUGUGCCGGGGGGCCUCCACCUGUUGAUUUGUUUGACAACUGGCACACAGACUGGUGA